CUCACUGUCAAGAUGCAACUUAUUAUUACAUUGGAAUGGGAGUUAUUCUUGUUAUAGGUAUUAUUACUUUAUUCGUUAUUGUAUUAUGGCGCACUAGAAAAGGACGAAGAGAACGAGAAACGGCUUUGCGUCGUCACAUCCAAACAUUGAAUGAUGCGUGGCAGAUCAGUUGGCAAGAAAUAGAACUGCAGGACAAAAUAGGAGGAGGAGCAUCAGGAAGAGUGUGGAAAGCGCAAUAUCGUGAUAUGGACGUUGCUGUAAAAAUGCUGAUCGGCGAUGAUGAAUCCCAAUCGUCGUUGGAAUUUGCUGGAGAAAUUAAAUUUAUGCAAACAAUGCGUCAUCCAAAUAUUGUACUUUUUAUUGGAGCGGGUAGAACGAAUCCACGAGCGCAACCAUUUCUCGUCGUCGAGUUUGCGCAUCGAGGUUCAUUACGUCACGUACUGGAUGACGUCAGUAUUGAAAUAAAUCAAAAUCGUAAAAUUGACUUCGCUCUAGACGCUUCGAAAGGAAUGGAAUUUCUUCACCAAUUGGACCCACCGAGAAUUCAUCGAGAUGUGAAGAGUUAGAACUUACUAGUUAGUCGAAGUUGGAU